AUGCGAGCCGAUGAUUCCAAAAGCAACUUGAAGUCCCUGCCGGAGGCAAUUCUGGAGGCUGGAUCGAAGGAUGGGAAUGGAAUCUCAGAUAUCUCUCCUGUCCGAAAAGGAGCGAAAUCUUCGUGGUCCCAGAAGCUAGAUGAUUUCUUUAAGGUUACAGAAAAGGGCUCGACUUUACAGACAGAGAUUCGGGCUGGCUUCAUCAAUUGGAUGACUAUGUGUUACAUUCUUGUGGUUAAUCCUGUCAUCCUCGGAAGCGCAGAUCCUGACAGCCAUGUCUCUACGGAGACCAUAAUGACUGCAACAGCGGUCUCAUCGGCUAUCGGCUGCCUUGUAGUUGCCCUUUCUAGCGACGCCCCGCUGGGACUGAUGCCCGGCAUGGGUCUGAACGCGUACUUCUCUUUUGGAAUCUGCCGGUCCUUCCAUGUGACUUUUGGACAGGCGCUAAGCUGCUGUUUUGUCAGUGGUGCUGCGCUGCUGUUGUUGGCUGUUCUGGGAGUGUGCCAAUGGAUUGUCACCACAGUUCUGUCAGAGCACUUGAAAAAAGCAAUCACUGUGGCCAUCGGCGUGUUCCAGGCCUUGAUUGGCUUCCAAGUGAUGGGUUUGGUUGUGGCAUCGCCGAAUACUUUGGUGACGCUUGGUGACGUAGGAUGGGCAAACAAGCAGCUCUACCUGGCCCUCAUGGGGUUUUGCUUGAUCUCGGCAAUGCUGGUCAGCAGACUGCAUGGGGCUCUUCUUGUAGGCAUUUGUCUCAUGUCCGUUUGUGCAUGGAGCACCGGGCUCUCAGACGCACCAUUAGGUGUUUUCAGCCUGCCCAGGUAUGAUGCUGGCUUUUUGCUGGACUUCUCCUGCUGGGAUCCAGGAAGUGGCAAGCUCCAUGCCAUGAUCUUGGGCAGUAUGGUGCUGUUGUUCGUGGCUCUCUUCGACUUGGCCGGCGUCCAGUAUGGCUUGAUGGGUAUCGCAGGCCUACUACAAGAUGGGCAUGUGCCGAGGAGCCAGUGCAUUUUCUCCAGUGCUGCCAUCGCCACAAUGUCCGGAGCAGUCAUUGGCACCAGUCCCGUCAUUAUUGCCAACGAGAGCAGCGCUGGCAUCGUAGAGGGUGCGAAGACCGGCCUUUCCGCCCUGGUGAUCUCUGGUCUUUUUCUCGUGUCUGCAUUUUUGACUCCUUUGUUGAGCUCCAUACCUCGCGUUGCGACUUCUGUCCCUCUGGUUCUGAUUGGGGCCUUCAUGAUGGCUCCAUGCAGAGGUAUUGAUUGGGACAAUCUUCGGGCAGCUAUCCCUUCCUUCCUGACCAUCACAGUUGUGCCCUUCACGUAUUCGAUCCACAAUGGAAUCAUCGCAGGAAUCUUGAUGGAUGCUUUCCUGAUGGUCUCUGCAAAGAAGGACCAUCCUCCCGAGUUGACCGAUCCACAUCUGGCCCAGCCAUUGAUUCCUCAAUCGGGCUCCAGAGUCCAGUCUCCCGUGCUCGAGAGGGUCUUCAGCACCCCCCAUGCCAGCAUGGCUUUUGCGCCGGAGAAGGUCAGCGAUCAGGUGGAGCAAGCUCAGCACCUCUUAGAGCAACUGCGGCGGACGAGGGGCUUGGGUCACGAGCCAGACCAGGGCGGCGGUAUCGAAAGCGGAGAGGAUCGUCUGCUCUCGGCUUUGGAGGCGUACGUGCAGAACCAUACUAUGGUUGCGACCGGUCUUCAUUUGUGA